UUGAUAUGUGUCCGUUACAUACCCCCAUUUAGUAGGCGUUUCCCUGCUGUCUGGAUUCGUGGGUGGCUAGGGAUCUGCGACUGGCGUCAAAGAUGAGCAAGCAUUACAGAUAAUUAAAGGACAGAGUGACGCGACCGCGAAAUAUACCGGACUUCCGCCGCGCGGCGCAAAGAUGGGCAAGUUCUUGUCGAAGAUAUUCGGCAACAAGGAGAUCCGGAUUCUGAUGCUGGGCCUGGACGCCGCGGGCAAGACCACUAUUUUAUACAAGCUGAAACUAGGUCAAUCCGUCACAACGAUACCAACAGUGGGAUUCAACGUAGAAACUGUAUCGUACAAAAAUGUUAAAUUCAAUGUAUGGGACGUGGGCGGUCAGGACAAGAUCCGGCCGCUCUGGCGACACUACUACACCGGCACGCAGGGCCUCAUCUUCGUGGUGGACUGCGCCGACCGCGACCGCAUCGACGAGGCCAAGCAGGAGCUGCAUCGCAUCAUCAACGACAGAGAGAUGCGCGACGCCAUCAUCCUGGUAUUCGCCAACAAACAGGACUUGCCCGACGCGAUGAAGCCGCACGAGAUCCAGGAGAAGCUGGGUCUCACGCGCAUCAACGACCGCAACUGGUACGUGCAGCCGGCGUGCGCCACCACCGGCGACGGCCUGUUCGAGGGCCUCAUGUGGCUGACGUCGAACCACAAGUCGUGAGGUCCGGCCGGGCGGCGCCGCCGGCUCGCCGCUGCUGCUAGUCCCGCCGCCGCCGCCGCCGCCG